GAGUUGAGUUGCUCUCUCGGAGUCUAUGAGUGGAGAGAGAGAAGAUCAGAUCAGAUCAGAUCAUCUCAUCAGAAGAAGGAGAUAUUUGUACGGAGUAAACCUCACCUGUGUGUGUAUGAGAGAGAGAGAGAGAGAGAGAGAGAGAGAGAGUGUGUGUGAGUGAGAGAGAGAGAGAGAGAGAGCACUGGAUGGCCCUGGAGUGUGAGGAGUGGACAUACACUGACCAUGUGGACACAGUGACACACACGCUUGGGGAGGUCAUGUCGGUGCGGGAGCUGUGUGAGGAUGAAGAAGCUCGGGAGUCGGACCGAGACAGCGCCAUUGAGAGCGCUGCUGGAUCUGAGCUCUCAGACGGAGGGAGAGGAGGAGACAAAGAGGAAGGACUUCGAAUCUUCUUAGCUCGGCAAAAGAGUGGAGACGUGAGCCUGAACCCAUCUGUGGCCUCUGACCUUUCAACUCCCUCACUGAACGAGGAGCAGUUUGAAGAUUACGGGGAAGGAGACGACGUCGACUUCAGUCCCAUCAGCCCCGGGGACGAGACGCACACUAACGGGUUCUCUGACCUCGGGUCCUCCGUUCCUUCCAGUGCGACUCACACACCUCAGAAGGUGAACGGUGAUCAUGAAGUGUUUUGCUCAAACUGCUGCAAAAAAGUCACUCAGCUCAAUGAGCUCGAAACCCGGCUCAGGAACCUCAAAACACACAGCCCAAACAGGAAAAUUACCAGUACAGCAUUUGGCAGGCAGCUGCUCCACCACAGUAAUCUCAGCAGUAGGAACGGCAGCACAGAAGAUCUGUUCAGAGACGGCAGCAUUGAUUACUGUGACACCGACAUCGCUGAUAAGGUGAGUCAGUUGGAAAAGAAGCUGUGUGAGCUGGAGAACGAGUGCUGGAUGAACAGCGAUGUGAAAUCCAAACUCAAACAGGAGAACACACACCUAGUGCACAGGGUACACGAGCUGGAGGAACAGCUGAAGGAACAGGAAGUGCGAGCCAAGCAGGUCAUGGACAAUGAGCUGCGGAGACACAGAGACGCCUUCAGCAAACUGGAGCGAGACAAAAACGCACAGAUCGAGAUACUCAAUAACCGGGUGCAGCAUUUGGAGGUGGAGAACGCAGAGAUGCUGGUCAAUGUGAACAGGCUGAAAACACAGACGGAAAAACUUGACGAGGAGAAGAAGCGGAUGACGGAUAAGCUGGAAGACACGAGUCUCCGUCUCAAAGAUGAAAUGGAUUUGUACAGGAAGAUGAUGGACAAACUGAGACAGAACCGGAAUGACUAUCAGAGAGAGAGAGAGGCCAUGCAGGAGCUGAUUGAGGAACUACGGCGAGAACUCGAGCACUUGCAGCUCUACAAGCUGGAGGCGGAGCGCAUGGGGCGGAGCCGAAGUUCGUCCAUCAGCCUAUCAGAUUUCACUACACGGACUCGCGAGAACGAACUGGAACAGGAAAUGAAGCGACUCAAGCAUGAGAACCAGAGACUCCGAGAACAAAAUGAAGAGCUGAAUGGUCAGAUCCUCAGUCUGAGUCUCCACGAAGCCAAGAGCCUGAUCGCCACGCAGACGAAAGCUCAGUCCCUGGCUGCAGAAAUCGACAACGCGUCACGUGACCAGUUAAUGGAAGCCCUAAAGGAACAGGAGGAGAUCAACAUCCGUCUCAGGCAAUACAUGGACAAGAUUAUAUUAUCCAUCCUUGACCACAAUCCCUCCAUCUUGGAGAUUAAGUACUAAAAGCAAGCGCUUGGUAUUUAAAACUAAAAACUGGAUGCUUGUCGCCCCCUGCUGCCCUGGAGGUGGAACUGUGGUGUUCUGAAAGGAUAUGAACUUCCUGUUGUGAAGUGUGUUCUUCAUACUCCUCCCUUUGUCAGACUUCAGGACGUCCUGGAGUUAUUCGUCAUUGGUGGUGUCUGUGACAGAUUGAGGGGAUAGUCACUGGAACGUCGGGAUGAAGGAUUAAGAGCAUCCAGAGAACUGUGAUGGUGUUUUUUUCUGGACGUUAUUUUUGUACUAAGCACUCAUCACAGAGCUGCUAAUUUGGUGAUUGAUUUUGGUGUUAUGCAAGUUGAUCAGAAGGAAAUGUGAAUCCUAGAGAGUGUCAGAGAUGGAAACUGGAAGUGUGAGAUGGAAAAUGAGUUAUUGGGGAUGGAGAAAAAAAAUUCUGAUUUUGUCAUGACUGGUUUAAGGGAUGGAGCUUGACUUAAAUCCUAUUUGCCAAUUACAGACUUGAUUAUGGCUUGACACCAUGUCAUGUGAUACUGGUCUUCAUUACACCACACAAUAGCUCAGUGACCUGUAUGAGACAGUGUUUAGCGACUCUAUCGCUAAUGCUAACAUCGCUAAUAUCUCAGCAGUUCUCUAGCUAAUGUUAGGCUGAUAGAUUCAUAAUCAAAAUCAUCGUUUUACAUGAAGUGACCUGAUGCAAAGAAGUGAAGUGUUUUUGUUGGUCCUCUAAUCACACUUGUGAUUGGCUGAUCAGAUUUUACUUAAGCUCUGCCCCUUUUGACCGAGAAGUUCCACUCACUUGGUGUAAUCAAGACUUAGCUGUGAGCUGAUUAUUGCAUUUCUACCUGAUUUAAUCACAAUAUUUGUGUCUGUUCUCAUUGGCUAAGGCUUAAAUAAUUCUGGAUUUGGAUUAUAUUACUCCAGAAUAAGGGAUUUUAGAAGAUUUCUGAAGACAGGCUUUCUCAAGAGCACAACAGCUCCCCCCCCCCCCCCAAAAAAAAAAGCUGCAUAUCUAGAAAUGAUUCACAAUCAGAACUUUGCGCACCCUCGUUAUCAUGGUAUAUUGUGUAGCUGAUUAUUGGCACAUGCCUCGUUGGGAAGAGCAGCAUCUGAAUGUUGAAUUUAGUGUUAUGAACGUGCAUAUGUUAUGAUGCCUGGUCAUAUCACAAGUGCUUCCUGUUUUAAGCUGUUAUAAGUGCUGCUGGAGCAAUCAUCAUCAGGAUCUCUGUAUUUCAUUCAGAACUGCUUUCAUUUGUAGCAUUCCAUUAUUAUUUUAUUUUUUUACUCCAAAUACCAAUUCAUCUGUUAUACAAAUUAGCUCUAAAUUGGAUAAUGAAGCACCAAUUUGAUAUUGAGUAGGCUCAUUGAGGGUGAGAGGAACUUUGUGUACAUUUCAAUUCUAGCCAAAGUUUCACCUUUACUACAUUUUGGAGAGGUUAUUUCCAUCAUGUGAGCCACUAAAGUUGGUUUGUAGUAUUUUUGGUGACUGGGCCCGUUGUGAUUAUUUGCUACACACCUGUUUCGGUUUUCCCACUAAUUCAUUUCAGCUUUUUAUUUUGCAAGGUAAUGUUGCGUCUCCCAUCAGCUGGGCUACUUUACCUUUGCACUGUGAACAUUUUCGGUUUCUUUCAAGUGUUUGUGCCUUUUUAUUAUGCAGCCCCACUGACAGACCUGCUGAUUGUUUGCCGUCUUGCACCUUUUUUGAAUUGCGUUCUAUUUCAGUGCAAUUUCUAAACAAACUGUAAAUACUGUACAGGUAACUGUAACGCUCACUCAUUUUCUAAACCACUUGUUUAUUUCUUUCAACUUUUUCUACACCUAUGCUGUAUAUAGAUUAGCUUUAACUUUUUCACAAAAGAUCUACUCGCUCUAAAAGCAAUAUUACAUCACUAAAGUAGUGACAGAAGCUGAAAGCUAGCUGGGGUUAAAGCAGGGGUCGUGUGUUAACCGGGCUGUUGUGGCUUAUGACGUCCACUUUUACCCUCUUUAAACCUUUUGCUAAUCAAAUUUCUCAUUCUGACUGACUUCCACUUUUGUAUAGCUGUUUCGGACACGGGAAAAUUUGAAAUGCCUCGGAUUAGUGUAUUGUUAAUUUAUUAAUGUAAACUGGAGUAUUGUUACAUGUUUAAUUUUUUCUCCCCCGAAUGGGAUAUGCUGUGCCGUCCUGAACAUGCCUAAAGGAGUCGUUAGCAUGUUGAAAAUGAGUAGAAUGUAAUUUUUGGUAGAAUUUUGGCAAUAAAAUCUAAAUUCAA